AUGGCCUCAAAGUACUUAUCAGAGGAUCCAAAAGGUGAAGAUUUCUUAUGUAGAUCUUCAUUGACUGAAGAGACACCUUAUGAUGGCCCCAAAGUACUUCUUAGAGGAUCCAGAAGCCUGAUGGUCAUUGAACACUGUGAGUUAUUAUUGAUUCAUAUUGUACCCGUUGGGGAUGAUACCAAGAUAGCAGACAGAACAAAUCGUCAGGUGUCCCCCCAGUUGAAUAGUGAGGUACAUGCUACACAGUCAGGUCGGCAUCUAUACAAUAAACUCAUACAGCUUGUACAACAGCAUUACAAUCUAGCCUCCACAACAGUUACUGGCAUACCUAUGAAGGAGGAACAGAAUGCAAGUUCAUCAGCCAACUAUGAUGUAGAAAUCCUUCACCCGUUUAGUGUACAUCAGGAUCUCCUCAAGUCAGCUCACGGGGAUGGAUUAGUGAUACCAUCGAAAGAAGGUCUGCCUACAGAAACCAUAACGCUGAAGUGGUGUACCCCGAAAUCUAACGUUGUAGAAAUGCACUAUUGUACGGAUGUACACAGAGUGACACCAGUAGAUGUAAACAGUCGUCCAUCCUCCUGUCUUACCAAUUUCCUGCUCAGUGGUCGUGCUGUCAUGCUUGAACAACCAAAAAAGACUGGUAUCAAGGUCAUAUCUCACAUGCUCGCCAGCCAUGGUGGGGAGAUCUUUAUCCAUGCAAUACAUACAGGGCGCUCCUUGCUAGAAGAUCCUCCCUCUAUCAGUGAAGGAUGUGGGGGUCGCGUAACUGAUUACAGGAUCAAUGACUUUGGUGAAUUCAUGAAAGAAAACCGACUAGCACCAGUUUUGCCCAGUGCGUUAGAAGAAUCAGAUGACCCACCGUUGGACAGGGCUCAGAGCCACCUGGAGAGGAUGAGUCGAUACUGGCCAACUGUAAUAGGGGAGACAAUCAUCUUUAACAUGGCAUCGCACAUAGACCCAUUGCCCACUCUGAUUGUAAAGGAAACGUUGGAUGAAGAUGAUGUCAUUGAAUGUCGUAAAGCCAUCUACCAUGUCGUCGGUAUGGAGAGUAGAAAUGAGGCUCUACCAAUAACAUCUAGUGGUUCCCGUGCUAAAGGCCCAAAAAGGGAUGAACAGUACCGACAAAUGUGGUCAGAGCUUGAAUCCCUGGUGAGUGCUCAUGCCUCGACAUCGGCUAUGCAUCAACGCAUUCUUGACUGUAUCUUGGACUGCAAGAAACCCGAUGACUCCAAACCAUCGCCAAGGAAAGGAGACAAAACCAUUAAAGAGGAGAAAAUGGACAUAGAGAGUCAGGCCGAACAAUCCUGGAAAGAACUGGAAAAAUACCAGAAGAUGACUGAACGUGAGAAACAGGACGCUAACAAAGCAGACUCUGCACCUCAACCAAAACGACAAAGAACUGGGAUAGAGGGCCCCUUUACACCAUCUGGAGCUGGUCCACAAAACCUCCUCUCUUUGUGGACCAAUCGAAUCAAGUCUGUACACUCUCGAAGGCAUGAGGAGUUCGCUGGUCGACAGGAAAGUAGUGACGGCAUCACAGAGCUGUACAAACACAUGAACGAACCCAAGGAGACAGGAGAGCAGACAAAGAUAUAAAGCUCUAAGUAGACGACCCAAGAAAUAUUUAUUCCAUCACAAAGAACUGUGCAGAAUUAUGUAGAUGUGACGUAAUUCUCUUUUUGUGAUAACUUACAAUCAUACGUGUAAGGUCUCUCACAUAAUGAGCCAUCAUUCAACAAUUGGAAAUAUACUAAUUUGAUACUCGCAUUUGAGGUAUGCUAUCAUUUGAAAUCUAAACUCAGAAUUGUAACUCUAGUAUAAAUAAAGAUAAUGUCCUGUUGUUGUAGAUAAUGUAGUUACAUAUGUAAUUUACAUUUUACAUUUGAUCAUGUGAUGUAACUUUUUGUGAUUGCGAAGACGUAUUCAGGAAUAACUUUAUCCUAAUCAUGUCCUUUCUAGGACAAUAGUACUGCCAUACUUCACAGUCAUCAAUAAGAGGACAUGUGACGGUCAUUCAUCGAAACAUCCCUUAUAUCAAUUUUAUGCAUUUUUUUAUGUAUAAUAAAUAU